CAUCCAUCCAUCUUUCCCCGCACACAAUCACACACUAGCCCAAGCCUUCUACUCGUCGUGCUAGCUAAGCUUCCUCUCUUUCCCUCCUCAGACCCUCACACACACCCCUCUCCUCCCCUUGCCUUCCCCCUCCACUGCACCGCCACCUCUACACAUCCGCUAGUACGGCAAGAACCAAGAAGGCCACCGGGACUUCGAUCCGAUCGAUCGAGCUAGCUAGCUCCAGCUCCGAUCUAUCCAUCUACCCAUCCAUCCAUGUCGGGCGCGAGCCAUGACCAGCACCGCCGCCACCUGUCGGGUGACUUCGACGAGCUGGCCUCGCUCUUCGCGCAGCGGCCGGCCGACGCCGCCUCGCCGUCGCCCAUGAUGCUGAUGCAGCCGCAGACGCCGUGGUUCUUCGCCGACUACCUGCAGACGCCGGGGAUGGACUACGACGACGCGUUCGCCAGGGACUUCAUCGGCUCGCCGGCCGGCGGCGUCGGCGGCGUCGAGGAGGUGAAGAGGGAGAUGCUGGCGAGCGACGGUGCCGCUGGCGCUGUUGUUGUGCCUGGCGGCGGGCCCGGCGGGACGGCGCACAGCGUGUCGGUGUCGUCCACGUCGAGCGAGGCCGGGGUCGGCGGCAGCGGCGGCGCGGUGGAGGACGAGGCCGGGAAGUGCAAGCAGGAGGAGGGCGAGGGCGACGACGAGAGCAAGCAGGCGGCGGCCGAUGGAGAAGCGGACAAGACCAAGAAAGGGGCGGCGAAGGGGAAAGGGGCGGCGAGGGUCAAGGGGGAGAAGCGGCCGCGGCAGGCGCGGUUCGCGUUCAUGACCAAGAGCGAGGUUGACCACCUCGAGGACGGCUACCGCUGGCGCAAGUACGGCCAGAAGGCCGUCAAGAACAGCCCCUUCCCAAGGAGCUACUACCGGUGCACGACGCAGAAGUGCCCGGUGAAGAAGCGGGUGGAGCGGUCGUACCAGGACGCCGCCGUGGUGAUCACCACCUACGAGGGCAAGCACACCCACCCCAUCCCCGCCACGCUCCGCGGCGCCAACCACCUGCUCGCCGCGCACGCCCACGCGCAUGGCGGCCACGGGCUCAUCCACCCCGGCAUGUUCCGGAUGCCGGCGCCGCCCGGCGCCUUCCGCCCCGGCGACGCGCUCGGCAGCUUCCUGCAGCAGCAGCACGCGGCCAUGCAGCACCAGCAGCAGGUCGCCGCUGCAGGGAUGGCGAUGCGGCAGGCGAACGCCAUGGCGAGCGGCCACAUGCAGGCGCCUCCCGCUGAUCGUGGCCUGGCCGCCGCCAUGGCCGGAGGUACGACGGGGAACAGUACCCAUACUGUCAGCAGCAGUAGUGCCGAUCCGCUGCGGAUGGAGCACCUGAUGGCGCAGGACUACGGCCUGCUGCAGGACAUGCUGAUGCCGCCGUCCUUCGCCCACAGCGACAACAGCAAUAACAACUCCAACCGCCAUUGAUCGAGAGAGAUCGAGCUUCCAGCUUGCCCUGACAGUGAUCCAUCGGUCGAUUCGGCGCCCUUUGCUUGUUAUUAAUUGACUUUUUUGCAUGGUACUGAUAUAUCUAUCUAUAAUUGAUGAACGAAGAGGAUAUGAUCUAGCUUAGCAUCAGCACGGAGAGGAUGCUUGCGCACGUACGUGAGCAGUAGUUGCAUGUUAGCGUAGUGUUAGUACCAAGAGUCGUUGUAAAUUAUGCAUGCAUGCAUGCGUGCGUGCGUGCGUGUGUACCUGAUUGAUUCUGAUGAGCUCGUGCAUUGUUGCACUUGGAGCCGUAUCUAUCUAGUGGUACUACCUACUGUA